UUGAGGCUCCGCCAAAGCGGCGCCCGCUGUCGGCUUGGAAAGUUUCCGAGGCGCUUCCAUUUGCUUUUCUUUUUUUUUCUUUGGGAUUAAUUACUUCUCUCAAUUCUCAAAACGCUUGUUUACCUAGUCUAAGUAUUAACCUUUUACCUUUCUUUGAUUGAUUGCUCGGUUUCUUUCUCAAAUUCGGCAGAUUUUACUGGCAGAAUUGAUUUUCUCUUCCAAUCUCAGCCAAUUGGCAACUUUGUCGCUGAAACGCCUGCCUGGAGAGGUCAUCGCUGAUGUGAGAUGGCGGAGUCGAUUGAUUGAGCGAGAGGCCCCUUUUGAGUGGCUCAACUGCCAAUUAAAACUCUUGGGGUAAAAAAAAAAAAUAAAAAUAAAAAGACUGCGGGAGGGUUGAGGCACAGCAAAUCGCCAUUGUCUUUGUGCUUCGUUCAAUUUUGGUAUUUGCCUUGGCCAUGUCGGCCGGUCGGGGGCUAGAGUUGGGUGGUGCAAGAUGCGAGCUGACCGCCCGCUGUAAGUAAGACACAGCAUAUCGGAGUCUCUGCCACUGCCAUUUUAGGGCAGUCAUUGUCAAUUUCUUACCCAGAGGUAGUAUAGAUAUCACGAAUGCCCGUCGCCGUAAGAAAGUUAGUUGUAGAAGUUCUUACAAGAAAGCAUCUUGCCGAUAACAAUCCAAUCACACCAUCGGACAAAAAAAAACAAAAAAAAAACAAGAAAACACCAAAGACCAGCAAAAAAGUCCCAUAAAAAUCCAAAAGCACCACAAGCCACCAAAAAAAGGCAUGCCCGCCAUCAAAACCGCAGCCCACCUCAUCGCGCGCCAGACGAGGGUGCAAGUCGAGGCGUACCAAAAGGAGCAGGAAGAAAGCUUCAAGAGCUUCGGCACCGGCGCCAUCGCCGCCAUAGUCAUAUCCGUCCUCCUCUUCUUCGGCAUCACCACCAGCAUCAUCGUCCUGGCCGUCAAGAGCCGGAACCGUCGCCUGGCCGCCAACGCCGCCAAGAGCAGCUACUUGUACGGCAACGGCCCGGCCGCCGGCCCUGGCUACAACGGGCCCUAUACGUCCAUCCCGAACCCUGCCCCCGUUGCGCCGCCCGCCUAUUCGAAUGGCAUGUACGGGUCGCGGAGCGCUGCGGAUCUGGGGCGAGCACAGCAGCAGCAGCAGCAGCUCAAGUCUACGGGGGCGGGGGCGGAUCCUGCUGUGGGUAUGGAGCCGUAUCGCCCUACCGGGCAGGUGGCCGACGUAAAACAAGCAGGUCAAUAAUUUAUCUGUAUGGCAUGGCAUAGCGUGGUCGGAGCCCUUUGGUUUACUCAGAUUUCUUGUUUGGGAUGAUCUUUUAUGUCUUGUUGGUUAAUGAUCGACAUGUAACAAUCUGGUAUGUAUAACAAUCCACUUUUUUUUCACUGUAAGAAUGGACAGUGUCCUGUUAGUCGCACACCGAAACAAUCAACGUAUUUUAG